AGGAACAAACAAAGUUGCGUCUGCCCUGAAAAAAAGAAGAGUCUUUUCACCUGAGACAGCAAUUUCUAGGGUUUUUGCAUUCCUUGUCGAAGCUUCCAGAAGAAAGGAACGGGGAGUAGAAGACAGACCGUGUAAAGUGGGUUUUGAGAGAUGGUGUUAAAGUUGUCGGAUUUAGGACCUGGCUGCUGUGAGAAUCGAGGCUUAGCGACUCCAAGCAGUGACAAUGAUCAGGGCAAGACCGGUAACAUUUCGAGGAAGAAGCAUCGGCGACUAAGAACAGAAGAAGAACAUGUGAGAAAGAAGAAAAUGAAGAAGACCAAUUUGGAAACUGAAGCUGAUUCAUCGUCAGACCACUCUUGUUUUGUUGCCCUUGUCACAGCUUCAAAUCUACAGAAAGAUGCUCUGUAUCUUCCACAUGAUUUAACAAGCUCAGUUGGUCUUCAGAGAAAUUGCAAUAAGAUUGUUGUAACAGAUGAUAGGGAAAGAUCAUGGGCAAUGGACCUGAGUUUCAACAAAUCAUCUGAUACUUUCUACAUUAGCCGAGGUUGGAGAAGUUUCUGCGAUGAAAACAGUAAAAAAGCAGGAGGUGUCUUUGUUUUCAAACUAGUUGGGAACAGGGAAGUUCGGGAGCUCAGUUUCUGCUCCACUGAAUCUAUCAACAAGGGAAUACACAGAGACAAGAAAGACAAAGAAAAUUGUAUGGAGCUGAAGAUGAAGAAGAAGCGUAUGAGAUUUAGAGUUUCAACUUCACCAAGCCAAAACCGGUUUGUGACAUUAAUACUUACUGAUGACAACCUCACUAAAAGCAGACGGUAUCUUCCAUUGUCAUUCACAAGAGAAAAUGGCUUGGACGAAUCUGGGAUAAUAACUCUAGUUGGCAAAGAUGGUGCAAGGUGGGAGGGAAGUAUUCGAAGGGAAAAAACAGGAAUAAUGUGUCUCCGAAGAAGUUGGAAAAACUUCGCUAUUGCAAACGGCUUAAAGAGCGGCGAAUCAUUCACGUUGGAGGCAAUUUUGGAGAACGGUACUCGUCUGCUCAGGUUGUCCAGUACAGAGGCCACACGUGAUAGAAUGCAGAAAGAAGAGUGUUCAAAAGGUAGCGAGAAAGAGUCGAUUUUUUCAGAACAUAGCAGUGGCAAAGAGAGCAGCAAAGCCAAGAACAACAGAGACGUGAGGAGAAACUCAUUUCCAGCGAGCCUGCACCCAUUCGUGACAUUAACGCUUACUCAUGACAACCUCAUUAAAAGUAGACGGUAUCUCCCAUUGUCAUUCACAAGAGAAAAUGGCUUGGACGAACCCGGGAUAAUAACUCUAGUUGGCAACGAUGGUACAAAGUUGGAGGCAAUUAUUCGAAGGGAAAAAACAGGAAUGAUGUGUCUUGGAAAUGGCUGGAAAGAGUUUGCUAUAUCAAAUGGUUUGAAGAGCGGUGAAUCUUUCACGUUGGAGGCAAUUUUGGAGAAUGGAACUCCUAUGCUAAGUUUGUGCAGUACAGAGUCCACAAGUGGUAGAAGCCAGCAAGGAGAGUGUUCCAAAAAUAGCGAGAAAGAGUCGAUAUCUGCAGAAAUUAUCAGAGGUUACAAGAACAGUAAAGCCACUAGCACCAGAGAGGAGAGGAGAGACUUGUCUUCAGCAAUCCAAAAUCAAUCUGUGACAUUAACACUCACACCAGAAGAUGUUAGAGACUGUAAACUAAUUCUUCCAAGUCAAUUCAUGAAGGCUAGUGGCAUCAACAAGCUAGGGAAGAUAACUAUCUUGGGUCAACGCAGAAUGAAGUGCUUUGCGUAUCUACUGUCAAAAGAUGGAGUUGUGGCUCUGGGAUCUGGUUGGAAAGGCUUUUGUGAGGCUAAUGGCGUUAAGACAGGGGACUUAUUCACUUUGGAAUGUGUUUAUGAACAAGACACAACUCCUGCGUUUAAGUUCAGUUCCAAGUAAAGUUAACAAGCUUAGCUUCCUUGGUUUAAUUAUGAAAAUCAUAAUGCUAAUGUGAUUUUCUCGUUUACUAAAACACUUGUGUAUGUUAUUAGAGUGUGAAACGUUAACAUACCUAAUAAUAAACACCAAAAAAAAAUCCAUAACAUACCCACAUUAAAUAACCUGAUAAUAACCAAAAAUCAGAACAAAGCACCCACAUUAAA